CCUAUACCCGGUAGGCGGUACCGCAAGUCCAGUUUAAAUAGAAACUAGAAAGUUGCGGAAAGCAUUAGGCAGGGACUUAAGGAUUGCAAACUCGAUAUUUUUUAAACUGCUUUUACUUUUAGAUCUAUUUCAAACGUCAUCAUAUAUUUUUUAAAAUCACCUCAAGUAUGCUGUCAAUGGUUUAUAGCCGUCUAAAUCUUUUUUUUUCUUUCGUAGCUGAACCGAGAUCUAGUUAUUGUUUUAUAUAUUUCUAGCUCCAACAACAACUUUUAAAAGCGUCAAAAUGGCGUCAAGUCACGACUUGAAGGAAGUUCUAAAAGAUACUUUAGAAAGCAGGGGUGUGCUUGGAGAGAUUAAAGCCAGAAUCAGAGCAGAAGUCUUUACAGCUUUAAAUGACCAAUCAGAGAGAAAACCGUUGAUGAAUAGUGAAAAUGUGCUCAUAUAUGAAUUAAUUAGGGAAUUUUUGGACUUUAAUAAAUGUAAAUAUACAAAUUCUGUGUUAAUAUCAGAAGCGGGUCUUCCUCAUGUUCCUCUUGAUAGAGAAUUUCUAAGAAAUGAACUGAAUGUAGUUGAAGAUGCACCUUCUAAAUCAGUGCCAUUACUGUACAGUUUGGUAGCCAAUUAUAAAGAAAGUAAAAAUGGAAAUAGAUUCAGUGCAUCGAAACCUUCACAUGUUACUGAGGUUCUAGGAAACAGCCAUCAGUAUAAUGCCACACUUCAGUAUGGAUCAGAGAAUGAUGAACCUGUUGCUGUAAUAGUGAAAGGAGGCAAAUUAUAGCAUAAUUAUUGGACCAUUUAUUUAUUUUUGUACAAUUAUGUAAAUUCACUUAUAAAAUCAGAGCAGUCAAACUUUUAGAUCAUAUAGAAAGUAGGUGUGAUGGUUGGAAAAAUUGAAUGCAUUCUCCUGGAACUGAAGGUACACUUGGGUAUAACUGAAUGCACUCUCCUGAACUGAAGGUAUACUUGGGUAUAACUGAAUGCACUCUCCUGAACUGAAGAUAUACUUGGGUAUAACUGAAUGCACUCUCCUGAACUGAAAGUAUACUUGGGUAUAACUGAAUGCACUCUCCUGAACUGAAGGUAUACUUGGGUAUAACUGAAUGCACUCUCCUGAACUGAAGGUAUACUUGGGUAUAAAUGAAUGCAUUUUCCUGAAACUGAAGGUAUACUUGGGUAUAACUGAAUGCACUCUUCUGAAAUUGAAAGUAUACUUGGGUAUAACUGAAUGAAACAUACCAAAUUUCAUAAUAAAGAAGUCUGAAUUGUAAAUGAUAUUUAAAAUGUAAAUAAAUUUUAAAAAUUUCA